CACUCCGUUGCCUGGAUCGGCGAUGUUGAUGUCUUGGAGGCACACAUCGACAAGAGCCUCAACGUCAACGUUCAACACCCAUCGACACGCGUCACCCCGCUGCAUUAUGCUGCACGCCGCGGUCAUGUUGAGAUUGCCCGCGUUCUCAUCGCACACGGCGCAAACCCGGCCGCUUGCUCAAAGGAGGGCUUGACCCCAUACGAUAUGGCCCGCAAACACAAGCAAAGCGACAUUGCCGACUUUCUGGAGAAGAUUCGCAAGUGUGUGCUGCAUCUUCUCCCACACGAGAAGGACAUGGUCGUCGUCCGCGAAAUCAUCGAACGCGCAGACAACCUCGACUCCCGCCGCUACCUCGGCGUGACCCCGCUGCACAUUGCAUGCGCCAUUGGACAAGCAGAGAUUGUGCGCAUGCUGCUCGCGAGAGGCGCUUCCACAAAAUACAAGGACCCGCGCAAGCGAACGUGUUUGCACUUUGCCGUCAUCCACGGCCACAGGGAAGUGGUCUCCCUCCUCCUCGCAUCAGGCAUGAAGACAACAUCACAAGACGACACGGGCCAGACCGCAGCCGAGUACGCCCGCGCCAUGUACCCCGACAUCUGGAAGGUCUUCGAGAGCCCACCGGAGAAGAUCAACUUUGCAGAAAUGUACGGCAGCGGGAGCGGUAACAACAGCAUGUCGUCGCGCGCGAGCACAGCGCAACUCCUGCCGCCAUCGCAGUCACAGCCCGGAUCGCCGCCCUUCUCGCCACAGCUGCACCAGCUCGAGCGCAUGUCCCAGUCCUCGGGCAGCUCAAUCUCCCUCCUCUCCUCCCCAGGACGCAUCAGCGAGCCGACGGAUAUGGACGAGCUGCGGGAGUUCCUUGACGACUUGGACCUGGUGGACAAGGCGUACCACGUGCUCAUUGCAAACGAGGUCUCGGACGUGGAGACGCUUCGCCUCAUGUCAAAACAGGACAUGAUCUCCAUCGGCAUCAAACUUGGCGUUGCUCUCAAGAUUAUCGGCCACCUCUAAGCAUUCACCCGGCCAAUCGCUCGCCGCUCCCAGCACCAACCCCUAGUCCUACUCCACGCACUGUUCCCCGCCCCUCUCCCUGUCAACUUGUUGAGGAAUCCUCCCCCGUACACUCCCCCGGGUGCGCGCUUCCGUGUCCCUGCUCCUGCUCCUCCUCCUCCUCCUCCUCCUCCUGCUCCUCCUCCUCCUCCUCCUCCUCCUCCUCCUCCUCCUCCUCCUCCUCCUGUUCUGCUCCUUGUUCCGGACAACGUACCAACCUCUUUGUUUCUAUUGAAACCAAGGGUUUGUUUUAUCCUUUGUUAUCUCUUUGAGUGCGCGCGCAUGUGCCAUUUCCCACGUUUGGGUUGAGCCGCUGCCUGCCUGCUCGCCUUUCUUGCCGCUUUUGUGUUUGGGAGUUCUCCCGUUGCAAUUUAUGUUACAGGACUCGUCAGGUGCUUGUUGUUGUUGUUGAUGGCUGGUUGGUGUGCUCUGUGCAUGGUUUGUGUGACCACCACCGCCGCCGUUGCGUGUGCGCGUUUGAGUUGUGGUGAGUUUUGGGUUAAGUGGGCGAGUGAGUGCUGCUCACGGCUGUCUUUGGCUGCUGCCAUUCACAGAGCCGUCUCUGUUGUGUGCAGGGAGGAGACGUGAGAAGCCGCUGCACCCUGGUGUGGCCGUGAUGCGCGUGCCUGGUGUG